AUGGGUAAGAUCGCGUCAAUGGAGCAUUUUCGCGUUCCACCUCGGUGGCUUUUCGUCAAAAUCACAGAUGACACGGGCGCCGUUGGAUGGGGCGAGGCUUCUCUCGAAGGUCAUACCAACGCGGUGGAGGGUUGCCUCGAUGCAUGGUUUGAGAGGUAUAAGGGGCUAGACGCCGAGGACAUUGAGAACAUCUGGCAACUGUCAUGGCGCGGCGGCUUCUACCGCGGAGGCCCUGUCUUCAUGAGCGCCUUGGCUGGCAUUGACAUUGCACUUUGGGAUAUGAAAGCGAGGAAACUAAAUGUGCCUAUAUACCAACUACUAGGCGGCAAGGUCAGGAACAAAAUCCGAGUCUACGCUUGGAUUGGUGGUGAUAGACCGAAUGAGGUCGAAGUCCAAGCUCUAGCUCGCAAAGAACAAGGAUUCCGUGCAGUCAAGAUGAAUGGUACAGGAGAUACCGCGUGGUUGGACUCGCCUUCAGUCCUCAAGGAAGUAAUUGGUAGGCUCGAGACUGUGAAAGCACUUGGUUUAGAUGCUGCGGUUGAUUUCCAUGGCCGAGUCCAUAAACCCAUGUCCAAACGUCUUGCAAAAGCUCUCGAGCCAUAUGAACCACUAUUCAUCGAAGAGCCCCUCCUCUCAGAACACCCUUGUGGCAUCAAGCAGAUAUCCGACUUGACUACCGUCCCAAUUGCUCUAGGAGAGCGACUCUACAGUCGAUGGGACGUGAGGCCGUUUCUGGAGAACGGCGCCGUGGACAUAUUGCAGCCAGAUAUCUGCCAUGUUGGCGGAAUCUCAGAGAUGCGGCGCAUCGCGGCCGCUUGUGAGACGUACGACGUUGGUGUUGCUCCUCACUGUCCGCUAGGCCCAAUCGCUCUUGCAGCCAAUAUACAUGUAGAUGCAACGCUACCCAACUUUGCCAUUCAAGAGAUGGGCAUAGGCAUGCACUAUAAUAAUACGGGGCAAGAUAUCACGAGCUACAUCACGAAUCCUGAAAUAUGGACUGUACGAGACGGACAUAUCGACAUCUUGUCCGGCCCGGGCUUAGGCAUUGAUAUCAACGAGAAGGAAAUCAGGCGGCUAUCGAAGGAUACAAAGAGUUGGCCUGUGCCUGAGUUUCGAGGCCCUUGUGGAGAGCUCCGCGAGUGGUAA